AGGGUACUCAUCAACACUGACACAACAACAGCUCGCAAUUGUUGCCCGAUGGGUCUUUUGCCAGUGCUUGAGGAAUCGCAGGCCGCUCAAGCGCUUUUCGAAUAGCCAUGGCGAUGAUGCGGACCAGGACAAAAAGCCGAGGUAUGUGCCUCUGCCUCGGGAUCGCGUUGGCGCUGCUCCUGCAGCCGAGCACGGAGUCCCUUCUCGAUUCUCAAGACUUUGCGCGAGGAGUUCCUGGGCUGAAGGACCAUGUGGCAAAACGGCACCCGUUGCAUGCCGGAGUCGCUCGGCGCGCCCGGCCUGCGCAAGAGGACCGGCUGGAUCUCGAGAAGGUGGUCGCAGAAGCCAAACGGGUUGUGGACAACGGCACGCUGAAAGACAUGCGAGUGGUCAUUCGAAGAGUGAAGCUGGUAGAUCCAGCAGGGAAGUGGAAGGUUCGGGUUAAUAAGCCCGAGUUGGAGAAGCAGCUGCGGAAGUUUGUGGCGGAGGCCAAAGCAGCCAAAACGGCAUUGGAGGAGGACCUGCUCCUGGCGCGACAGCAGCGGAAGACGGCCCAGCGGCAGGUUGAGAGCGCCCAGCGGCAGGUUGAGACUGCCCAGGAGCAGGAAGCAAUGGCGGUGAGGCGUCUCGCUGGAGCUGCCACCGUUUUGGAGACGGCGGAGGACUCGGGCAAUGCGACAAAGGUGCAGGAGGCGGAGAGGAAGGUGGAGAAGGCGAAGAAGGAGGUUCAGGAGGCGAAGAAGGAGGUUCAGGAGGCGAAGGUCCAGGAGGCGAAGAAGGAGGUGCAGGAGGCGGAGAGGAAGGUGGAGAAGGCGAAGGAGGAGGUCAAGGAGGCGAAGGCAAGCGGCCGGACGAAGGAGUCCGAGGCACGGAGCAGUUGGUGCGAGAAGUUGCUCGCGAAGAAGUUGAAGUUUGGAGCAGCCGACCAACUGCUUGCAACAGUUGGGGCCACAUGGGACUAUUGUGGGAAGGAGGAGCUCCGUGAGCGCAUGCAGAUCCCCAUCCAGAAGCUGCACGAGCAAAAGGGGAAGAACAGUGACAAACAGCUUCAUCCUUUGUUCAUUGCAUUUGCAGGCCCAGGGCAAGGCAAGUCCCGGUUGCUGACAGAGUUCCCGGGCCUGGUCGAGCAGUGCUUGCAGAAUGUGUCUGAAAGGCAGAAACUGAAAUUCAGCAAGCAAACGACGAGCUUCAUGAUCAGCUGCGAGAACGCCCUCACUCCCGGGGACUGGGCCACGGAGGAGCUCAAUGCCCAACGCUUUGUGGCAUGCCGCAUGCUGUGGCAGCUGAGGAAUGCAAACAAGGAGGCUUUUCGGGAGGUCGGCGCUCCAGCAGACUUCGCCGAAUUCCGCAUCCAAUGCCCUGCCGACCUCACACCCUCGCCUGUGCUUAAGUCUGUGCUGCGUGAUGAGCUCAAUAGCACGGUGGUGAUCGGAGUCGACGGGAUGCACGGUCUGCCUGGAUUUACUGACCGCAGUGAUGCUGUGGGCAAGGACCUGCCAUUCUAUCAGGUGAUGCAGGCGGUCUGCCGCCUCGUCAACCAAAAGGAAGGCCCCUUUGUCGUAGCCUGUGUGGCCGCUUUGCAAAAUGUGAAGAGUGGACUUGCUGGCAGUCCCCAGGCCCGAGUUUUUCUGGAGCUGCCACGCGUGACCGCCGUAACCCGCAACAAACAGCCGGUGCUGCCCGGCCACCGCCUAAAAGACCUCCUGGUCGAAGACAUGGGCGGGCAUGGCAGAGCUUUGGAGUGCCUUCUAGAGGCCUUGAUGGAGAUGCCCAACGCUGCAGCAACUGCCUUGGUGGGUGCAGUUAUGAGACAAUUGAGGCAGAAGUAUCCUGACGCCACUCAGAUGGAGCCGGGUGCAGACCUCAAGGAACUGCUUCGCGCAGCUCUGUCAGGCAGAUGGAUUUUGUCUGGCGAAAUGGUCGGCAAUCUAGAUCCUGAGAAGGUGGAGCUUAUCCGCGUCAAGUUCAAGGACGGCGACUCCUCGCAGUACCGCAUCGACUUGCCCUACAUUUGGUUGCACUUGAUGCUGAGUUCGCCUAAGUUCUCUGACGAUUUGCAACCGUGGAACUUGAUGGACUACCACUUGUUUGAGUCAGAACCAACCUGGCAACAGUGGGAAGAAUUCAAUGCCAGGUUUCGAGUGUUGCGAGCGUCUGCGUUUGAGGAUGGACAAGUAGUUGACAUUGCCGAUCUACACAGGGGUGCAGUGAUCCAGCCUGACAGCUUGAAAAGCACCAAGGUCAUCAACCGGCAUCUGCAAUUUGCCAAAUCCGGGACGUUGACUGACAAACGUGUUUUAGAGGUGAAUGCCGCCGGAGCUCCAGCUGCUGAUGCCUUUCUCAUGUUGGAAGAGGUGGGGGCAGAGGGCAACCAUCACACCAUCUCUGAAUGUUUGCAAUGCAAGAAGGGCGAGUCUCGAUUAGAAGCAUGCGACAAAGCUGACAUCCUGGUGCUUUUGAUGACAACGACAAAGACUGUGCCACAAAGCGGCGGACAGCGCUUGAUCUUCGUAUCUGAAGCGCAGUACCAGGAGUACUUUGGCUUCUACGCUGGUAGAGCCUUCUAUCAAACCAGGGCGGCCAAACCUUGAAGGCUGAAUUGUUGCUGCUGUGCCAUUUCCUGGCCUAGAAUUGGAUCUCGGGGCUCAAAGAAUUGCGGAGCAUGAGGA